UCUUCGCGGAGCCGACGGAGGCCGCGCGGGCGGCGCUGCGAUCAGCGCUCGACGGAGACGGGGCCCCAAGUGGAAGUGGUGGCGGCCCCCGCUGGUGGCAGCCUCGCCUGGGCAUGGCUGCCCUGGGAGAACAGAGCAAGUUUCUGCAAACGCUGAAUGGAACUCCUGCUUCAAGCACAGUCAGUGGUGGGAUGGAUCCCUUUCAUGCCUGCAGCCUUCUCCAGCAGCUCAAAACCAUGUACGAUGAAGGCCAGCUGACAGAUAUUGUGGUGGAAGUGGAUCACGGGAAAACGUUUUCUUGUCAUCGUAAUGUUCUUGCUGCAAUUAGCCCUUACUUCAGAUCAAUGUUCACAAGUGGCCUUACUGAGAGUACCCAGAAAGAAGUAAGAAUUGUUGGUGUUGAGGAAGAGUCCAUGCAUUUAGUACUGAAUUACGCCUAUACCUCCAGAGUGACACUGACCGAAGCCAACGUCCAAGCUUUGUUCACUGCAGCUAGUAUCUUCCAGAUUCCUUCCAUCCAGGACCAAUGUGCUAAAUACAUGAUCAGUCAUCUGGACCCCCAGAACUCCAUCGGAGUGUUUAUCUUUGCUGAUCACUACGGGCAUCUGGAGCUGAAAGUCAGUUCGCAAGAUUACAUUCGUAAAAAGUUCCUGAGUGUCACCAAAGAACAAGAGUUUCUCCAGCUGAGAAAAGACCAACUCGUCAGCAUCCUAGACAGCAACGAUUUAAAUGUGGACAAGGAAGAGCACGUCUAUGAAAGCAUCAUAAGGUGGUUUGAACAUGAGCCUGACAAAAGAGAAGUCCAUUUGCCCGAAAUUUUUGCCAAAUGCAUCCGCGUGCCCCUCUUGGAUGCGAAAUUCAUAGAGAAAAUCCCUCCCGUGUUUGCACAGGCUAUAGCCCAAAACUGUGUACAGAAAGGAAAAACUAGUGCCAAUGGCUAUACCCAGCGGCUCGGAAUGACUGCUUCGGAAAUGAUCAUGUGCUUUGAUGCUGCUCACAAACACUCAGGAAAGAAGCAAACAGUGCCUUGUUUCGAUUCUGCCACAGGGAGGGUGUUCAAACUAUGCAAACCGCCCAAUGAUUUGCGGGAGGUAGGGAUACUCGUUUCUCCAGACAAUGACAUCUAUAUUGCUGGGGGGUAUCGGCCAAGCAGCAGCGAGGUCUCCAUAGACCACAGAGCAGAAAGUGACUUUUGGAUGUACGAUCACUCGGGCAAUCGGUGGAUCCCUAAAGCCCCGCUGCUGCGUGCCAGGAUCGGCUGCAAACUGGUUCACUGCUGUGGUAAGCUCUACGCGAUAGGCGGUCGUGUCUAUGAAGGAGACGGGCGCAACUCGCUGAAAUCCGUGGAGUGCUAUGACAGCCGAGAGAACUGCUGGACAGCCGUGUCUGCAAUGCCUGUAGCAAUGGAAUUUCAUAACGCAGUGGAAUAUAAAGAUCAUAUCUAUGUUUUACAGGGAGAAUUUUUCCUCUGCUACGAUCCUCGAAAAGAUUAUUGGGGUUUCUUAACUCCCAUGACCGUGCCUAGGAUCCAGGGUUUGGCAGCUGUCUACAACAACUCCAUCUACUACAUUGCUGGAACCUGUGGAAACCAUCAGCGUAUGUUUACCGUAGAGGCCUAUGAUGUCGAAUUGAACAAGUGGACUCGAAAGAAAGACUUCCCGUGCGAUCAGUCCAUUAACCCCUACAUUAAACUGGUUGUCCUCAAAAAUAAACUUCACUUGUUUGUGCGAGCUACUCAAGUCACUGUCGAAGAACACGUCUUCAGAACCAGCAGGAAGAAUUCUCUCUAUCAGUAUGACGAAGUUAACGACCAAUGGCAGAAGGUGUAUGAGACUCCAGAUAAGCUCUGGGAUCUCGGACGUCAUUUUGAAUGUGCUGUUGCUAAAUUGUAUCCACAGUGUCUUCAGAAAGUUAUGUGAUGAUUUGCCCCGUUUCCAUUCGUAAAAUGCCUUAGUAACUUUGGUAUUCGAUGCUAGCGGAAAAUCUGUUUUUAAAAGAAAAACCAAUCCAGUUCUGUCAGUAUUUAAUGUGAGUUGAAAUUGAUGGCUUUUUUUUUUAACACGGGGAUGGGUGCUCUUUAAAGAUUGCAGUGGGGAGAAGGGAAUUAGUGGUUUAGUUUCCUAAUGGAUGUUUUCCUGUGGAGUAAGGAGUGGGUUACAAAGUGCAAUUAUCAGCAUUUUCUCUGCUAGUCAUUUGAUCAUGUGUUAGCGUAUCAGUUUGACUAAAAGCAAGAGUAGAUGGACUGGGGUCACGACACACUCCACUGAAAGCAAAACUAAUGUUGAAUAGCUGAAGUGAAGAAAGCAAGUUUGAAGUAACUUCUUAUUUAAAAUACGGGUAAAAUCUGAGGCAAUAUCAGUAGUUUGCUAUUUUAAAUUCAGUGACACUAAGUAGGCAAAUACCCAGUCUUUAUACCUCUUCCAUGUGUAUAAAGGUACUGAAACAUUUGUUGUAUUUAUACAUUGUGUUAGCUUUGGGGGAAACAUAAGUUUGCAACGAUGCAUAGAAACUACAACGCAAGCUACCUUUUAAAAAAAUACAAAAGGUUACGUCAGGUGGCUGCAUCGCUUCCCUUCUGUGGGUUUAAUUUGUGUGUGGGGGUUUCGUACACUUCCAGUGGCGUAAUAAGAUAUAGCCAUCUUCUGCUAAUUAAAUACAGAGCUUCAAAUGCAGGUGAACGCGUCAGUCACUCCAUGAAGGGCUUAAACCCAAUGGUGCUAGUACAUUUUUAAUACUUGUUAAGUCUGGAAUGGGUCAACUGAGACUGCCAAGUUUAUGGUAGUCGGUUAGUGUUACUGUGUCUAGUCUUAAGCAUGUACUUUGCUGCUUUGUGUGUGAACCUCCUUUUUGAACUUCUUGUGGACCUAGUUCUUUCGUAGGAUAGGCUAAGUAGUCUUAAUGGUUGUUACUUUGGCAGAGUCGGUCAAUCUGUUAAAAGGCUAAGCGCUACAUGCACUUUUUGUUUUUGGUCCAUCCCGCGAUAAGUUUUGACAAGGUCGUGUUGUAUGCUGUUGGACAGCCAAAACUGUAGCCAAGUGGGAUUUGACUGUGGGGGGAGCGGGGGAAGAAGACUAGACCAUUUGCAAAACUUUGUUUUCCUUGUUGCUGUUGUUCCGGGCGUGUGCUUCACUUGCAGCUGCCGAAUGGUCAUGAAACUAUGUUUGCCUCCAGUCAGCCCAGCAUGGAAGCAGUUUUGGCUGCCUUCUGGGGCCCUCAGUCCUUCUGUCCAUUGCCUAGCAUCCUGCCCUCCAGUUGUUUCUGGAGUAAUGUGAAAGUUUGCACUACUGAGCUUUCCUGGUGACCGAGAAGCUGCUUUUGGAAGCCUGCAGUUGAAAAUAUUCUUUUGGGUACCGAAUAAGAGUCCACUUUCUCUGUGGCUGUCACAUAUUUGAAGUGAUGGAGUAAUAAUUUUAAGAUUUCAUGAAAUCUUAGCAUGACCUAUCAAACUUGAGCAUCAAGGUUAAUGGUAGAUCUCCUGUUGGUGGUUCUUUGCUAGCAGUAACACAUUUUGGAGUACAGCUGUUGGAGAAUAAAGUAUGUCCUACUUUCAUUAAUCCAGUUUUGUUUUAAAAGAUGAUCUGGCCAUAUACGAAAGGAUGGUUGUUAACUUUUAAUUGACCAAGUAGUCAACCCUUGGCUGAAAAGGUUAAAUCUAGAAUAAUGUUAGGGUACUGACCUAACUUUUGGCUUGUGAUCCCCCAGUUUUUGGCUUGUGAUCCCCCAGUUUUUUCUUUUGUGUAACUAUGGAUCUACUUGACUUUAAAUCUUGCACAAUAUGUUGAACACACAACUGUGAAAUCAUCAAAAGCAUGAUAAACUCUCUAUUGCAUACCUCA